GCCGCCCGGAAGGAGCCGGCCGGCCCGAGCGCCCGCGGCGGCUGAGUCAGACGCGGGCCCGGGGUGCGGGACCAUGGGACCCCGGAGCAGGGAAACCUGGGCCCAGCGCCUGGGCGCCUUCCGGGCCAGCCCGUCCGCCUUCAUGGCCGGUCCCGAGGGUGAAGAUCUGGGUUGUGACCUGCUGAGCGAACUGAGGAGUGAGAAGCUGAGCGAACAGACCAAGGUUUCCUUGCUGGCCCUGAGCCUGGAGUACCCAGCCCAGCUCUGGCCGGACACCGCUGCGGCCGAGGCAGCCGCCACCUCCCUGUUGGACACCCUGGUCCUUCUGCCCCCACGGCCCUCGGCCCUGCGGCGGCCCCUGCUGCUGGCGGCCACCACGGCCUUGGCGGCGGGAGAUGCGCUGGGCCCCACCUCUGCAGCCUCCCUCCGGCUCCUGCCCCUGCUUCUCGGCUUGGCCUCCGGCAGCGAUCUGGGGCGAGGCUUUGGCCCCGCCUCGGAGCAGCGCUCCCUGCAGGCCACAGCGUGCGAGUGCCUGCGGGAGCUGGAGAGCUGCAAGCCUGGGCUGCUGGGUGGCCGCCUGGGGCUGCUACGGGGCCUGCUUGGGCAGGAAGGCCCGGUCCAGCCGCUCAGCCUGCUGCUGGCGCUUGCCCUGCGCAACGCCUUGCUGAUACAGGCCAGAGCCAGGGCUGGCCUACAGGGCCUGCUCGUGGCCGGGGAUGCUCCCGCUGUGGGCAUUCCCUGGAACUGGGCAUUAGCUGAGGAGGGGGCUGCCCACCUGCAGCCCCAGGCACCUGGCUGGCCGGCCGCUGAGGUGCAGGAGUGUGGCCUUGCUGUACUGGAGCCCAGUCCUGAGGAGGCCCGGGAGCUGCGGGCUGCCGUGGCCCAGCUCCUGGACACCUCCUACCUGCUCACUCCUGUGGCUCAGGCCCAGCUCCUGUGGCUGCUGGGCUGGGCUCUGCGGGGUCUUCGGGGACAGCCUCCAGUGCUCUUCAAGCCACAGCUGGUACGGCUGCUGGGCACGGCACAGUUGACGCUGCUGCAUGCCAUUCUGGCACUCAAGGCAGCCUUUGGUGAAGCACUGUUCACGGCUCAGGACGAGGCCUUGCUGCUCCGUCGGCUCACCUUGGCUGCCCAGCACCCAGCCCUGCCCCUGUCCGCCCAUCUCUUCUACCUGCACUGCCUGCUGAGCUUCCCGGAGAACUGGCCUCUAGGCCCCACAGGUGAGGAGGCCGCUCCACUGCUGCUCGGGCCCCGGCUAUGCCGUGGCCUCCUGCCCAGCCUCCUGCAUGACCCGAUGGCCCUCCUGGCCCGCUUGCAUCUGCUUUGCCUGCUCUGUGCGGACGAUGAAGAAAAGGAGGAGAAAGCCCAAGAUUGGAGCCCCCAGCAUUACCUGGAGGAGCUACUGGCUGGCCUGCGGCAGAGGGCAGCCCUGGAUGGGGGCCCUCGGGCGUUGGCCACUCUCUGCUUCCAGGCCUCAUACCUGGUUGUUCGCUGCCUAGCCAUGCAGCCUGCUGUGCUGACACCCUUGACCCGUGGACUGGCCCAGCUGUACCAGUCCCGGCCUGCGCUGGCUCCCCAUUUUGUGGAUCUCUUGGACAGGGUGGGCCCUGAGCUGGGGGAGCCCCUGAGAGUGGUAUUACGGCAGGAGGUGGUGGCCAGGCCAGGCAAGGACGAGGCUCUUUGUUGGCACCUGCAGAUACUGGCAAAAGUGGCAGAUGGGAAUGCUCAGAGUGCCACCCUAGGCUUCCUGCGAGCUGCGGCUGCUCGCUGCACGGACUGGGACCUCCAGCAGGCCCUGCUACAGGUCUGCCGGGCCUUGCUGCGGGCGGGUGUUGGGAAAGGCUUGGCCGAUUUGCUGCAGGCACUGGCCAGGCAGUUGGAGGACCCUGACGGGCGGGACCGUGCACGCCUCUACUACAUCCUCCUGGCCCACCUUGCGGGGCCCAAGCUGGGGGUGGCCCUGGGACCCUCGCUGGCCGCACCCGCGGCCUCCUCAUUGGUGGCCGAGAACCAGGGCUUUGCUGCUGCGCUGAUGGUGCAGGAGGCCCCAGCCCCAAUUCGGCUAAGCGUGGGGCCCCGCAGAGCCGAGGGCCCAGUCCCCGUGCUACAGCUCCAGGUGGAAGUGCUAGAGCCAGUGUACUCUCUGGAGCUACGCUUCCGUGUGGAAGGACAGCUCUACGCACCCCUGGAGGCCGUCCAUGUGCCCUGCCUGUACCCUGGCCGCCCUUGCCGUCCCCUGCUCUUGCCUCUGCAGCCCCGGCGCCCGGCUCCCACGCAUCUGGAUGUGCGUGCCCUGUACACCACACCCAGCGGCCUCACACGCCACGCCCACCUGCCACCUCUGCUUGUGACCUUUGCUGACCUUUUUCUGCCUUUCCCUCAGUCCCCUGAGGGGGACAAGCAGGGCUUCUUUGAGGAGCUCUGGGACUCCUGCCUUCCCAAGGGCGCUGAGAGUAGCCUCUGGUGCCCUCUUGGACCACAGGGGCUGGAGGCCUUGGUGUCCCACCACCUGGAGCCCUUUGUGGUGGUGGCCCAGCCCCCCACCAGCUACCAUGUGGCCAUCCACCUGCCCCCCAACUCAAGACUGCUGCUGCGACUGGAGGCGGCCCAGGUGGACGGGGUGCCGGUGGCCCUGCGGACAGAUGACUGGGCUGUGCUGCCCUUGGCUGGGGACUACCUCCGUGGGCUGUCAGCCACUGUCUGAACAUGGAUGCCAGCUCAGGUCCUCAGAGGGGCUUGCCCAAGGAGGGCACAGAGGCCCAGAACACAGUCCUGUGGUUUCUUUCCUAAAAAAACAAGCAACUUAAGUUCACUGAUGACA